AUGAUCCCAGUGCCCUUCGUCUACAAUCCCAGUGAUGACGGCACGGACGAAAACUUACUGAUUCUGCUUCAUGGGCUCGGCGACACUCAGGUCCCGUUCGGUAAGUUGGGACGCCAGCUGCACCUCCCACAGACGGCGACGCUCGCACUACGCGCGCCAGAGCAAAUCCCGUUCCUUUAUGAGCAAGCCUUCCAAUGGUACACGUCCUUCGACCCCCUAGGCGAGCUUAUCGACCGGCCGAACCCAACCCCCGCACUAGACUUGAUGUCGAAAGUCGUCGAGCAUCUCACGAAGGACUGCAGGUGGCCUCCACACCGGAUACAUCUCUUUGGCUUCGCUCAGGGCGGCAGCGUGGCCGCUGAAUUCGCCCUCAAGUAUUGGCGGAGCGAGCUGUCGCUGCACCAGAAGUCCCUCCCAUCCUUCGACGCGAAUUCUGGUUCGGACGCCAGCGAGCAUGCGCCUCGCGCGUUUGGGUCUAUCGUCAGCGUCUCAGGGCCCCUUCUGUCGUACCCUACGCUGUCUAGACCGUGUCCGACGCCCUUCUUGAUUCUCCACCGCCCACCACCUGCGGAGUCCGCAUUAGCUCCAGACGCGGUGACGGCGUUGAGGAAGGGUUUCACGAAAGUCGAAGAAGUGAAAAUGAAGGGAGAAGGCAUGCCCCGCUCGAAGGAGGAGUUCGAGCCGAUUAUGCGCUUCUGGAGCGAGCACCUUGGCCGGAGGCAGAUAGAAGGGUUGUAUGAAGUCAUGAGCGGGAUGGCGGUCCCGCCCCAUGAGGCACGUUAG